AGCGCUUUGGCCAGGAGAAUUGAAAGAAACUGUACGCUGUAAUGGCAUUGGGCGUCUGUUUGUAGAUAAGUGUUGUAUUGAACCAGUUAUUUGAAGAAAAUGUCUGAAUUUGUUUUUCCAAAUGAUCAACCUGUUGUACUGUUAGACAGUGGGAAAGCUUUUAAAGCAUUAACUGAUGAAGAAAAGCUUUAUGCUCACUAUCUGUCUCGUGCAGCUUGGUAUGGAGGUUUGAUUGUUUUGAUACAGACCUCAGUAGAGAGUCCACUGAUUUACACACUAUUGCACAGAACAUAUCAGCAACAGUCUCUAAAAGAACUUCGACAAGUAGCUAUAGAAGAAUGUGGUCUUACUGAUGAUGAUUUUCAGGCUCUUCUAGUAUAUUCCUCAGGUAUCUUCACCAACAUGGGAAAUUACAGGGGGUUUGGAGAUUCUAAGUUUAUCCCUAAUCUUCCAAAAGAAAAGCUUGAGAAGCUUAUCAAAUCAAGCUCUGCCUAUAAAUCUGAGCCAGAUGUCAUCAAUUUUCUGUGGGAAAAAUCAUCCGAAAAGAUUUAUUCUUUAAAAGAUCAAGAGAAGCACUUAGGUUUUGGAGAUAAGGGAACUACAACUUACUUUUCCAAGACCUGUAGACAAGAAGAUGCAGAUCUAUUGAGCAAAUUUUUCAAAGAAAAGGGAAUGGAAGCAUAUAAUACUCGAACAUUUAAAACAAUAAAUGAAAAUGGAGAUAAAGUUUAUGAAAUUAGACUUGCUUCAGUGGCAUCAACAGAAGAUGUAGAAAACAAAUCUUUGGUUGGUACUCAUCAGGUUGAUGGAAUGAAAUUUAUUGUUACGAGAGGUGACUACUCAAGACUUUUAGCCCUCGUAAUUACUCACCUCCAAAAAGCAAAGGAGCAUGCAGCAAAUGAAAAUGAACGUCAGAUGUUGAAUAACUACAUACAAAGCUUUAAAACAGGUUCUCUUGAAGCUCACAAAGAUGGAUCCCGAUUCUGGAUCAAAGAUAAAGGACCUGUAAUAGAAACGUACAUUGGUUUUAUUGAGUCUUACCGAGACCCUGCAGGCAUGAGAGGAGAGUUUGAAGGUUUUGUUGCUAUGGUAAAUAAAAGUAUGAGUGCCAAAUUUGCAGAACUAGUUAACAGUGCAGAAAAAUUCCUACCUCGUUUGCCUUGGCCAGACACGUACGAAAAAGACAAGUUUCUACGCCCAGAUUUUACAUCACUAGAUGUACUUACUUUUGCGGGAAGUGGUAUUCCUGCUGGAAUCUGCAUUCCAAACUACAAUGACAUUCGGCAAAAUGAAGGUUUCAAGAAUGUAUCCUUGGGUAAUGUUAUACCUGCUAGUUACAAAGAAUCAACACCAAAUUAUCUGAAUAAAACUGAUUCUGAGUUACUGAACAAAUAUCGUGUUGGAGCCUUUGAAGUGACAGUUGGGCUGCAUGAGCUGCUUGGCCAUGGGAGUGGAAAGUUGUUUCAUAAGAACAAAGAUGCAACAUUCAACUUUAAUGCAGAUAUAACACUACAUACUGAAACCAAUGAAAAGAUAACCAGCUGGUAUGAGGAAGGAGAGACCUUUGAAUCAAAGUUCAUGUCAAUCCACUCAGCAUAUGAAGAAUGCAGAGCUGAAUGUGUGGGACUUUACUUGGCAGUAGAACAUGAUGUUUUAAAAAUUUUUGGUUAUGAAGGUAGUGAAGCAGAUGAUGUGCUCUAUGUGGCUUGGUUAAGUCUUGUUCAUAGAGGUCUGGAGGGACUACAGAUGUAUGUUCCAAAUACUGAAACAUGGCUGCAGGCUCACUGUCAAGCUCGUUAUGUGAUCAUGCAAGUUUUGCUAGAAGCUGGACAAGAGUUUGUGACUUUGAAGCAGGUGCAAGGGAGUGAUGGUCAACCAGACCUUUUACUUAGUAUGGAUAGAUCAAAGAUUAAGACUGUAGGUUAUCCUGCCAUUGGAAAAUUCCUCCAAAGGUUACAGGUAUACAAAUCUACAGCUGAUGUUGCAAAAGGGAAGGCUAUGUUUGAACAUUAUUCUGCUGUUACUGCCGAGGGACUUAAUCCAUUCCUAAAGUACAGGGAUAUUAUUAUGGCUCGAAAAAAGCCAAGAAAAAUGUUUGUUCAACCAAAUACUUUUAUUGUUGAUGGGAAGGUAGAACUUAGAAAUUAUGACGCCAGUCAUGAAGGAAUGAUCCAGUCAUGGAUUGAACGAUUCUCUGAGAAUGAACUGUAUGACAUUCUAAAAGAGGAGUGGAGAAAAGACCAUGAUAAAUUUGAAUGCUGAUAAAUAUUGUUUUGAAACAUGCACAAAAAAUUUCCAAGUUCUUCACUCUGUGAACUUCAACAAUUCACGACUUUCUGGAUCCAGUGAACUGUAGUACGUUACAACAAACUGAAAACUUCAACUCUGUUGUAAUGAAUGAUUUGAUCAGAAAAAGGCUAGAUUCUCACUUAUUAUAUAACCAUAAUUAAGGAACUAAUUUUGCUAUUAAAAUAAAAUCAUCUUAGGAGGCUAAAGAAGUACAAAGUAUGUAUCAUUCUAAGAUUGAAAAAGCAUGAUAAAAAAAUUAUGAAAAUAUCUUUUAUAAGCAAAAAUUGCUUGAAAAAUUGAGAUAUUUGUUCACAAACAUAUACUUCAAAAAACCAAAACAAUUUUCCAUGAAAUGUAUCACGUUGAAAAAAAUAAAAUGAAAAAAAUCA